AUGAUUGUGGCUAUAUGGUCGUCUGAUGGAGGUGGAGCAAAGAAGGCCAAGCGUUAUUUCUUACCUGUCAAACUCGGUGAUGUUAUCGAGAUCACAGCCUAUGUGCUCAAGCUUGGUCGAAACGUGGCAUUCACAGAGGCCGAAUUUCGGCGGAGAUCCGACGGAAAGUUGACAGCUAAGGGACGGCAUACUGUAGCAAUUCUUCCGAAGCAACCGCAAACAGACGGG